AUGAAGAAAGACAGCAUCUGGAUCAAAAAAAAAACUAAUUGGCUUUUAGCCAAUAAUACCCAAUCAUUCCAAAAUAAACAAAAACUUUCAUUUAAUGAGAAUACUGAAUUUUUGUUUAAUGAGUAUGAGAAACUGUCAUCUAAUGAGAAUGAUAAAUUUUCAUCUAAUGAGAAUAAUAAGUUUUCAUUUGAUACAGAUACUGAGCUUUCAUCUAAAGAGAAUAAUAAACUUUCAUCUGAUGCAAAUACUGAGCUUUCAUCUAAAGAGGAUAAUGAAUGUUCAUUUUAUAUGAAUGAUGAUGAAGUUAAUGAUAUGAACAAUUACAAUAAACUGUAUAAUGAACUUUCAUAUAAUGAAGUAAUCAAUUCUAGUGAUGAAGAUAAAAAUAAUAAGUUUAGCUUAGAAGCACUUGAUUCAUUAUUAAAAGAAAAUCCUUCUGAUAUUAGACUUCACAUGUUUGUAAAGUUUGUAGAAGAUGAAGCUAUUCCUGCUUUAGAAAUUGAAGAAAAAAAAACUAUCUCUAUUAGAACAGCCCAAAUAUGGUUACACAGUCGUAGUUGGAAUUAUAAGGGUCAUUCAAAAAACAUUUAUUAUAAUGGGCAUGAGCAUGAUGAUGUUGUAAGGUACUGGCAACAAUUUUUAGAACAAAUGACUAAUUUGAGACCUCGAAUGGCAGUCUAUAAAGAAGAUGAUAUAAAUCAAGUUAUUCUACUAAGACUACCACCAAAUGUUCCAGAAAUUGUCCUAGUUACUUAUAAUGAAUCAAUUUUUUAUACUAAUGAUAGUGUUAAAAAGUUUUGGGGACCUACAAUUGGUCAGCUUUGCCUUUCACAAGAAGAAAAAGAAGCAAAUGAUUUAUUCUCUAAUAACAAACAUCUUCCUUAUACUAAUGCAUAUGUUGUAAAACAAGUGUCUGAAAGGGCUAUUCCAAUAUUCAAAAGAACUCAUCCUGGAAAAGUUGUGUUUUUUAUAUUUGAUAAUAGUUGUAACCACAAUUCAUUUGCUGAAGAUGUGUUGUUAGUUACUCAGAUAAAUAUAAAAAAUGAAGAAAAAAGACUGUUCCUUUGUAAUGACAGAAUGCAUAAUAGUUCUAUUCAUAUUAUAAUAUUUGUAAAUCAAAAUAAUAAAGUAAAGCCAAAAGGUAUCAAAUAUGUUCUUCAAAAACAUGGUUUGUGGAUGUCAGGUUUAACAAAAGAAUGCAAUAGGUAUAAAGCAGAUGCUUUGACUAAUCUACAAUAUUGUGCAACAAAUAUUCUUAAAAGUCAGCCUGAUUUUAGAGCAGCAAAACAAUAUACACAUUUACAUUGUGAUUAUUCUUUUAAAGAUCUUAAAAAAACUGUUCUUCAUACAUUAGAAUCUGUUAGUCUUACUAAAAUUCAUUAUUUUGCACAUCGAUCUGAUCAAUAUAUGAGUGCUUACAAGCAUGGUCUUUCUAGAAAAGCUGCAAUUUUUGUUGUAAAAAAAUAUUGA